CGUCGGCUUAAUCUUCAUGACACAUGCCCUCCUUGUAAUAAAGGCAUCGGCGGCACUUGUAUGUAUGGAUGGUUCUUUUUGUUGUAGGCUCAUGAUCAGAGACAAGGGACGUGCACCAGGAGAUUGUGAUUGGAAAUUGCUUGUUUUGGGUUCAUGAGAAUCUGAUCUCUCGCUUUGAUGUUUGAAUGCUGCUGUUUCGCCUAUAGGAGUUCCUCAGACUCCUAAUUCCUCUCCAUCACUGCAUGUACAUUGCAGUACUUUAAGUAGCUCUUGGGCCAGCCAUGUCUUCAUCCACCUAUCACCCUCUUCCGGCCAACGAAUCUCAGUUGCCCUUAGUCUCGCCUCCAUCAACUCACCAUCACCAUCACCAUCCAGCCAGGUUUGACUCUCAUCCAUCGCGCUCUCGUCUCAAGUUCUUCGUCCUACGCGUCAUCCUGCCUCUCCUCUCACUCCUCCUCCUGCUCACUCUCGUCAUCAUCCCGGCUACCCUAUCAAACCAGUUCUCAUUCAAGCAGUGUCAGGAUGGUAGCUGCCUCAAGUGGGACAAAGUCCAUGAUCUUGCUCAGAACUGGGGUCUCGGCUUCCAGAAACUCUCGCCUACAGCAGGCCCAAUUCGCUCAAAGUUGAAGAUCUUACAUCUGGUCGACAAAGAUACUGCUGAAGUCUUGAUGGAUCGAUGGCUGCUCCAUUCUCAUGAUGCAUUCCUCGCUCGUCCCGAUCUCGUAUCAUCUGCCAUCCUCUGGGGGCCUGACUUUGAAGGCUGGAAGAAUACUCUCAGUCUGACUCAGAAUAUCGCCCAAAAAUUCGGCUCGGCUGAUCAUUUCGAUGCCGUCUUGGUCUACUUCAAUAACGAUCAGGUCAAGUUCUUGCACAUCGACUCCAAACCCUGGUUCGCUCAGGUUAAAGAACUAUCUCAGCAGGGCAAUGGCGUCGUCAUCAUCGACCGCCCCCAUGAGAUGCGUGACCUUCGAAAGGCAGAGUUUUAUAAUCUGGCCAACGUCACUUUGGUCUUGGCGCCUUACGCUUAUGAAUUAUUUGAAUACCGAUCACAAUUCGCCACUCAAGCACUCUUGGUCCAUCAGCCUCAUUUCAUCGACAAGAAGAUCUUUUAUCAUCCCGUCGGCAACACCCGUCCAGAAGAUAUUAUCAUAGCCGGUGACCUGGGUGCAUUCUACCCAUUCAGAGCCAGGCUAGCAGAUAUGAUCCGAAAGAAGACCUUGCCCGGUUGGAUACGAGGCCAUCCAGGUUAUGAAGAUAUCAAAUCUGCCGAUCAACGAAACAAGAAACUCACCGCCGAGAUCCAAGAACAACAGUUGGUCGAUUUUGGAAACGAUUUUGGUCGAGCCAAGAUCUGUCUUGUUACCGACUCUCGCUGGGCUUACUCGGUACAAAAAUAUGUCGAAGCAGCUGCGGCCGGAUGCUUGAUUGCUGGAAAUAUCCCACUAGAUCGACAAGCCAUGUUCGAGAAAGUCAUCGUGCCACUCUCGAAUAAAGACUCGGAUGACAAGAUCAUCACAACUCUGAACUGGUGGUUGAAACAUGAUCAGGAACGAAUCAGUAAAGCUCAAGCUGCUCAGGAUUGGAUUUUGAAUUCGUUUAGUAUGGACAAAUACGCCGAAGAUGUUUGGAAGAUGAUUUGGUUCGUCAAAGAGGGUCAGAGGGGAAUGAUCUUACCAUACGAAUUCGAUUUCUUACCAAAGGAUCUUCCCGAGGAUGGCUAGCUUUUUCAUUUGUUUUUAGUAUAAAAUGCCUAUACUGUUCAUUAUGUUGUUUUUGGGAGGCGUGGCCACUGGCUGCUUUUAGAUUUGAAUGAGUAUCUUCUAUGAUGCCACGUGUGAUUUAUCGCAGUUUCAAACAAUACUUGUACUGCAUUUGCUUUUUUAUUUUUUUUUCAUCUUUGCUAUUAGAGCCGAUUAUUAUUAUUUACCGUAGAAAUCAACAUCUCAGUCAAGCAAAGCUGAAUAAGAAGAUGCUUGGAACCCCGUUACUACAA